CGUAUAUUAAAAGAACAAGGAUAAACAAAUACUCAAGCACAAGCGCGUUCUCUAGGUAAGCCAUGGUAUUGAGGAGUUCCGCUUCAAAGUCUGGCGGGAAAACAGCUCUACCGACACCAUUUACUUUAGAGAGGAACCAUUGACGGCAGAAGGCAGAUCUUCAUAAUAUCUUAGCAGUCAUCCGUAAACGCAUUGAUUCAUUCUCAGUGGGCGGAGCUUAAUCGACCAGGAAGCGCGGAUCAGGCGCGUGGGCGUUGCACAUCGGAGUAACCUAGACGGAUCGAUUUGUCUUAGUAAGAUAUACUCAUACAAGUUAAGUUCAUUUUUGUUGGACUUCCCCUUUAUCGCUUUGAUCUACGAGUUAGCGCGGCUAUUGAACGUGAGUUUUGUCUUUUGUCAGACGAUCUGGGCGUCUACGCGUUGUUUGCGUUAUGAGAUUAGCUCCAAGAGCUUCCGAAUCUGAUGCAUAUGGUCUAGACAAGAAACGCCUGAGACGCAGUUCAUGUGUUGAAGGGUAAUGCGUGCUUGUCUUUGACAAGAUCGGUAACGAGGUGCAGUAAUGGCGAACACUUAGUGCAUUCUGUGAUGUCCAUGGACCAGCGAGGAUAAUUUGACAAUCCGGAGAAUGAAAAGGGGGUAGAGAGACUGGGUCGAGUCUACUAAUAGUGCGAGACGUGCCAGUGUACUGUGAUGGUUCUGGUUGUCCGACACGCGUGGGAAAGUGUUACAUCCGAGGAAAGUGAUACGUACAACUCGCCAGACGUCUCAGCAACUAAAGCUCGACGUGCAUACGCCAUCAAGACAUGCAAUGGCGUCUUCUCGUCCUAGAUAUAGGAACCAAAAAUGGAGUACGUCGAGAAAUGCUGCGUUGACAAUGACAUCUGCACUAGAGCUAUGCGGUCGAUGACACACACUCGUCUCGUUCAUUGGAUGCUGCUAGCAUCGAUGCUGCUCGUUCUCAUGCAUUGCUCUCGUGCAGACGAGUACUGGCAAGGAGGUUGUGGCGGGAGUCGCUAUCGGUGCAGAGAACGUGUGUCCUACUCUGUCAAAGCUUCCCGAUACAAGCAAACGGCCUAUCGAGAGCACUACCGUUACAAGUGCGGACUUUUUGGAUGGGGUCGCUGCUCAGGCCGCAGGACGAAGUACAGAAGCAGCAUCGAGUACUACACGAAAAUUUCCUACCGAUACCAAUGCCGACCUUGCAACAUUGAUUGUCAAGUACACUCGUGGUCGUCGUGGACAUGCACUGCUCCCUGUUGCGUUGUGCUGCGUGAAAGAAGAACUCGUACCGUACGAGUUCCUCAGUGUGGCUCGGGGAGAAGUUGCCCUAGUCUCGAAGAAAGACGAACUCGAUCUGACGACGACAACAAAGCGUGUUACAUUGGUGGGAGAUGCUACAGGCAACUCGAAAAAAGCCCAAACGGCUGCAAUCAAUGCCAAAAGAGCUAUUCAAGAUAUUGGUGGACAAGGCUUUCCGUAGGAACAUGCGACGACGGCAACAGUUGCACGUCUCACGAUAAGUGUCAGAACGGAUGUUGCGUCGGCAAACCAUACAGAUGCCUCUACUGCCAGAGGUGCAAUGGCGACGGCACUUGCGGUCUUGCGUUUGGUUGCGUCACGCCCUGGAGUACGUGCGGUUGCAGCAUCGGCAGUGGCUGUUACCGCGACGGACAAUUCAAUCCGUACCACAAAGCGCAAAUGUGCGAUACUAGUAAAAGUUGCGGGAAAUGGUCGCCUGUGUCUUGAGAUGACUGCAGACGAGGCAGCUCGUUUAGUUCACGUUUGUUGUUUGACUGUUCAACACUCUAUUACUGUAUAGAUUGAUCCUAGAUGACAUUCAAUUCGUUCCGACUAGCAUUAGAUUGCACGCACGCAUUUACACGAUGCCCGCGUUUAGUGUGACACUGUUUUGACGUUGCUUUUGUGCAAUCACUGAUUUUGAAUUGUUGUGGCAAUUUACUAGCUAGCUGUAGCGCUUGAGGAAUUAGUUAUUAAUUUAUUAUACGAGUUUUUGACUUUGUGU